GAUUAACGAUUGCCAAUCAGCGUUCAACAAGCACAUAGCACAAAAAUGUCGUCGCAAAAUAUUAUUUUGUAGAUGUUUGUCAUAUUUUCUAAUAGUAUUUGAUAACGUUGUUCACUUCUAACGUAAUCAUACAAAUUGUAUUCACAAGUUUAACAGUGUCUAAAUAAUAAUUUAUAGCAGAAAUGGCUGACGAGGGUAUGGACCCGUGCGAGUGCCUGUGGAACCACGAGCUGGCGAUGCGGCGGCUGAUCUCGCUGCUUCGUCAAGGCCAGUCCUACUGCACGGACACGGAGUGCCUGGAGGAACUGCCGGGGCCGGGCGCGGGGGCGGAGGGGGGAAACUUCAUGAUCAUGUUCAUGAUGCUGGCCGUCGCGCUCGCCAUGUACAUGCUGCGCCCGCGCCGCAACCGCCUCGCCGACGCCGCCAAGCCCGCGCGCAAUUCACAUGACAGUGACGACGCUCCCCCCACUCCCAGGAUAUAACCUGCAGGCUCCUCCCGCGUCGCGACCACUAGCUUCAGUAUUCCAACUUGAGUUCAUAUUGAAGUAGACAACUUAUGUAUCUGUUUUGUAUGUAUCGGCAUGUCGGAUAAAUACGCGAAAUCUUGGCAAAACGUUUAAUUUUCUAUAUACAACUUAGUACCUACCUAAUUUAACCCAUUCAUAUCCCUGAAGAUUUUUAUGGAAAAAAAUAUAGAAAACCAUGACAAAUUAUCCAUUUCGAGCAAUGAUUAUUGCUAUGGAUCGAUAAAGCAAUUAAAAUACAUGUGAGUAAAAAAAUAAAUGAAUGAUUAUGAUUUCGGAGGCGUCUCCAACUAGCGAAUGUUCAUAAAAUGUACCUGUGGUAUAUUCAUCAUAUAGUUACAUUUUAUUUAAGAUUUAGGCAACUUCUUUAUAUUAUGCCUAUUGAUGUCACAUGCGAUGAACCAUCACAACUUGCAGAUUUUCUAUUGCUAAACUUUAUUGCAGUAGGUACAAUCAAAUAAUUGGCAAAAAAAGUUUAGGUCUUAGGAAUAACAAUUGUUUUAAAACUUAAGUAAAACGUACGUAUAAUAUUAAGAUUAUCUGUCGAUUUUGUGCAAUAAUAUUGGAUGUUCAUUCCAAAAAACUUGUGCACUUUUACUAUCAGUGCCGAUUUUUGUUCAACGUAGUGGUUCAGACAUUAUUAUUAUCAUUCCAUCUUCCAUUUUUAUAAAAGUAAGAAAACUAUUUAUCUAUACUUAAUAAACAAUAUCUACUUAUGUA